AUGGGGAAAGUAUCACUUAAAGGAGUAGUAAAUGAUGAGUUACUGGAUAUAGACACAGAUGGUGAGCUGUUAAGUUUGUGUGAUAAGGUACCACUUUCUUAUGAGACAGUGGUGCUAAUUUAUGUACAACACAUUGAAGAAGAAGGUGUUAUAGUGAAUGAGGAUUGUGAAGAGGUAGGUGUGGCUUUGAAUAAGGAUAGUGAAGAGGAAGGUCUGGCAUUGAAUGAGGAUAGUGAAGAGGAAGAUGCGGCUUUGAAUGAGGAUAUUGGGCCUGUUACUGAUGAAAAUGGGGCUUUCACUUUCCAAAAUAGACCACUGAACAAUAAUAAAGAGGGCCGUCAUUUUACUGAGGAUCAUGGGCCUGCUUGCAGAGUUGAAGACUGGGUUUCAAGUGAUGAUGAUGGUCCCCUGAACAAUGAGGGUAAUAGGGCUAAUAUAUGUGAGACUGAUGUGGAAGAGAGGAAUGAAGACAAUGAAGAAGAAGACAAGGAAGAUAACCUUGAUUUUGUUGACAGUGCUUAUGAGCAAAUUGAAGACCCAAAUGCCCCUGUAGAUGAAGAUGAGGAGUCAACUGAUGUAGCUAAAAGUGAUAUUCAGAGCUUGACUAGUAGCUCGUGUGAUGAGGAUGAUGGGAAGCAAAAGAAAAGGAAGAGGAAAUUGCCUAUUUUCAAGAAUUUAGGCCUGAAAUAG